UGAUCAUCUUGUGCUAUCCAAUGAAGUAAGAAGACGAGAGUUUUCUAGUUUUAUGGAGUUUUGUCUCUUGUUAGAUAUUUUGUACUCUGGAAGAAUAGUUUCAACAGAGUCAAGGCUGUCAAUGGAGCCUUAAAUCAGUGAUUUGGUUGAAGGAGAAGUUGGACUUAUUUCGCUCUGGAUUGUAAUUAAAGAGCUAACGGAGGAAAAUCAGGCCCGACUCACAAGGCAGAUGCCAUGGAAAAUCCUCUUGCAGUAUAAAUGGGGGUCUGUUGUAGCAAGGGCACAGGUAUAAUUGUGGAGAAUAGCUCGGAUGAUGGUAAUGAACAUGGAGACGCAGAGGCUGCUGAUGCAAGGGACACAAAUGGUGGUGCCAUUAUAAGGUCCCACGGAUCAUCCAAACACGUUUCCAUGGCAAUCAAACAAGGCAAAAAAGGGAUAAAUCAAGACGCCAUGACAGUCUGGGAGAACUUUGGUGGGGAGGAAGAUAUGAUCUUCUGCGGUGUAUUUGACGGUCACGGCCCCAUGGGUCACAAGAUCUCUCGUCACAUAUGUGACAAUCUACCUUCAAGGGUCCAUUCGAGAAUCAGAUCUGGCGUCGGCAAUGAUAAUAAUAAUUCAAAGAGUCAGGAGGGUCUGUUGGAGGAAGUGCUAGUGACAUUCUUCAAGCAAAUAGACAGCGAACUUGGUCUUGACUCUCCUUAUGAUAGUUUUUGCAGCGGCACAACUGCUGUAACCGUUCUUAAACAGGGUGACUGCUUGGUGAUCGCUAACUUGGGAGAUUCACGAGCCGUUCUAGGCACCCGUGGAAACAAGAACAAUCUCAAAGCUGUCCAACUCACGGUUGAUCUGAAACCCUGUGUCCAACGCGAAGCAGAGAGAAUAGUAGCAUGCAAAGGAAGGGUGUUUGCGAUGGAAGAGGAACCUGAUGUGUAUAGAGUGUGGAUGCCUGAUGAUGAUUGCCCUGGACUCGCAAUGUCAAGGGCUUUUGGUGAUUUCUGCCUCAAAGACUAUGGACUUCUCUGCGUUCCUGAGGUCUUUUUCAGAAAUGUCAGUAGAGAAGACGAGUUUGUGGUUCUAGCCACCGAUGGGAUUUGGGAUGUUUUGUCAAACGAAGAAGUGGUGAAGAUUGUGGGUUCCUGCAAGGACCGCUCAGUAGCCGCAGAGACGUUGGUUCAGAGAGCAGCUCGGACAUGGAGAACGAAGUUUCCAACUUCUAAAGCUGAUGACUGCGCCGUGGUGGUGCUUUACCUGAACCACCGGCCAUAUCCAAGAGAAGGGAACGUGAGCAGAGCGGUAUCGACUAUAUCUUGGAGAUCAGGUAAGAGCAAUAAAGAGUGAGUGUUAUGGAGUCGCACCUUUGUCGCCACAGCGCAGUCUACCGCAAAAGUAGGAUAUGAUGGUUUGAACCCGUUGAGUGUGUUGAUGCUACUCAACUUGAUGCUUUUAUUUGUGUAUAAAAUAACUUUUUUUCUUCUCUGUCUUGACUCCUUGUUUAAUGAAGCAAUUGGGAAAAGAUGAAAUAAAAGUAGAAGAGGAGCUAAUGACUUGAGCC